CCCUGCAAACCGAACAUCAGCCGUGCAAGUUGCAAUUGAAUUUCGAAAAUGAACCACUUGGUGGCGAGAUCUCUGAUGAAGCGUGUGAUCACCGGCGGUAAUUAUAGCCGGUACAUGUCUUCGGCGGCGAAGGUGGCGUUGGUGAUCAGGCCGCCGUUUGAUGAGGCGAUGAUUGGAGUGAGGGGGCAGGGUGUUGGGAUGUUGCUGGGAGGGUGGAGGAAGAUGAUGAGCACUGCAUCAGAGCCUUCUUCGACGGUGGCGAUGCCGGAGAAGGAGAAGGAGAAUAGCGGCGUGGUGGCAGAGAAGAAGGUAGAAAAGGGUGAAGUCAUGGUUUCCAGCUACUGGGGAAUUUCGAGGUCUAAAAUCACUAGAGAAGAUGGCACUGAGUGGCCUUGGAACUGUUUUAUGCCUUGGGAAACUUACCGGGCAGACUUGUCUAUAGAUCUGCACAAGCACCAUGUUCCCACGACAUUUUUGGACAAAAUUGCAUAUAGGACUGUGAAACUUCUUAGAAUUCCAACAGAUAUAUUUUUCCAGAGGCGAUAUGGGUGUCGAGCAAUGAUGCUCGAAACUGUUGCUGCUGUUCCCGGUAUGGUUGGGGGGAUGCUAUUGCAUCUCAGGUCUCUUCGCAAGUUCGAGCAGAGUGGUGGAUGGAUUAAAGCAUUACUUGAAGAAGCUGAGAAUGAGAGGAUGCACUUGAUGACCAUGGUAGAGCUUGUCCGGCCAAAAUGGUAUGAGAGACUGCUGGUGCUCACAGUUCAAGGAGUUUUCUUCAACGCUUUCUUUGUGCUCUACUUGCUGUCUCCCAAACUGGCUCAUAGAGUUGUUGGGUAUUUAGAAGAGGAGGCAAUACAUUCAUAUACUGAAUACUUGAAGGAUAUUGAUAGUGGUAAAAUCGAGAAUGUCCCUGCUCCAGCUAUCGCAAUUGACUACUGGAGAUUGCCUAAAGAUGCAACUCUGAAGGAUGUUAUUACUGUUAUCCGAGCCGAUGAAGCCCACCAUCGAGAUGUCAAUCAUUUUGCUUCUGAUAUUCAUUUGCAGGGAAAGGAAUUAAGGGAAGCACCAGCUCCGGUUGGUUACCACUAAUUGUGGGUCGUGUGCUAGUUCAUAAUCGCGUUUUAAUUGGUCCUGGUUUUGUUAUACAUUCUGAAAAUCAUCGUUGAAAUAAAAAAAUAGAGCCGAUGCCAAAAAUUUAUGGUUUAUAAUGAUUCAAUACUACAGAAACAUGCCACCCACUUGUGCCUGAUCUACCGCUAGUUUGGUCCAUUCCCCGUCUAUAGCUAUUCUUAGUAUAAGUUGAAUUAUGUUGUGUAUCGUUAUCCAUUAUAUUUUUGUAAGUUUGUUCUUCGGUGCCUUAAUAUCCAAUCAAAUAUGUAAUCUAUCUUUUACUACUUUGUGGAGAAACACCUGUGAAAUGGUGUUUGUGAAUGAAAGUUUAUAUCUAGACGAGGAUCGUGAAGUUA